AAAGGGGCAGGAGUGAGGUAUAAAAAAAACAAGUCAGCGCAUCCCACCAUGGCCAUACACUUCUUAAGAAGAUGAUUAUAGUCUCUGUCUCAACUGUACUUAGGCAGAUCCUCUCUCAAUCUCUAUCUUGAACAUGAGAGCCCAAUUCCGUGGAGUUCUCACCUUGGCGCUCAUGGUCGCUGUGUGCGCAUUGCUCUAUGUGCUCCUGUAUGGACAAAUCUCUGAUCAUAGCAUCAGCUAUUUUCAAAAACUACAACUAGCUCCUCGGGGAGGGCGUCUCUGCGAAACGAAUUGUCCUUGUAAAAAUACGACAGGAGAUGUUUUUACGGCUGGAUCCGGGUCUGCACACAAGGAGACCCCCAUGCUCCGGCUGCAAAAAAAGGACUUCAAGCAAUAUCCCAUCUGGGCUUCUGAGGAUGUUUAUGUCCGGGACAAGCAAAAGAGGCAGAUGACCUGUCCCCAGUCUCUGAGGAACUCCCAGAACACAGGCUUCAAGCAGGCCUUUAUACCAGACAUCCAGAUGUACCUCCACGGAGAACUACUCAACGUGUCAGAGUGGAACAGACUAGCCUACUUCAAUAACCCCUUUGGCUUUAUGGACUACACUAACUACACAGAUAAAGGGGUGGUGGAUCUGAUUCCCAAGCCCAGAGAGCCCCUGCUCUUGCCACGGGGAAACCCUGGGUGUAUACGCUGUGCUGUGGUGGCAACAGGAGGAAUCCUCAACGGCUCUAGGAUGGGCAAGGAGAUAGAUGCUCAUGACUAUGUGUUCCGGAUGAAUGGUGCCGUAACCAAUGGUUACGAGGAGGAUGUAGGCAACAGAACCUCGGUCUACGUUCACACCGCCCACUCCAUCACCCAGUCUCUUCUCAUAUUCAAGAAAUACGGCUACAACAGUGCACCGCAUGACAAGGGUAUAAAGUAUGUGCUGAUUCCAGAGGGGCUGAGGGAUUUCCAGUGGCUAAAGGGUCUAUUGGGGAGGACAACUGUCUCUGAUGGACCCUACAGGAACAGACGACCGUGGAUGCAAUACUCAGGAGAGUUUGAUGAGAACCGCUUCUAUGUUCUUCACCCUGACUUCCUCAGAUACGCCCGUAACAGGUUCAUGUGGUCCCAGGCGCUGAAGGGUUCUUAUUGGGCUAUAUGCAGACCUACUAACGGAGCAUUCACACUCUUCCUGGCCCUGCACACCUGUGAUGUGGUGGAUGCGUAUGGAUUCAUCACUGAGGACCACAGUAAAUAUCCUAACUACUAUGCUGAGAGACACUCUAAAACCAGAGUCAUCUUCUACGCUAAUCACGACUACAACCUAGAGAUCAAGACCUGGAAGAAACUACAUGACACCAAGAUCAUCAGGCUUUAUCAGAGACAGGAGAGCCCAGAGAGAAAGACAGGAAAGCCAACAGGACCAUAAAACCCUGUCUGACUGCAGAGAUGAGCAAAGAUACAUUGACAUGUCAUGUAUCUUGUUACAAAAUAAACUAAAGACCAAUGCAUUUAUAUCAGAAUAAACAACAAAAUACUGGUGCCAAGAAAUGUAUUUACUUCAAAUGCAUGUAUUGUCCAUCCCAUGCCACCAGGGGCAACAGUGAAAGCUGUUACCUUCAAGUAGGUUUAAGUUUUUAUCGGCGUUGUGGACGGGGAUGGCGAAUAGGUAUCUGCCUCAGGUGCCAAAGGUAGCACGCUCGAAUCCAGCAAUUGAAAGUUGUUUUUUAGAUUUUUGUUUUAAGCCUAUCCCAAACCUUCACUCAUACCUUAACCAUUUGAAGUUCAUGCCUAACCUUACAAUUUCAGAGUUAAUGCCUAAACUUAAUUCUAACAUUCAAAUCAAAUCAAAUCCAAUUUUAUUUGUCACAUACACAUGGUUAGCAGAUGUUAAUGCGAGUGUAGCGAAAUGCUUGUGCUUCUAGUU